UCCCCACAUGUCAGAAUUGGACUAUAGCUAGACACACAGACACUGCUAAUCCAUUCAAGAGUGUGCACAUUUUGUUUAUUGCUUCAUACACUGUAAUUAAUCAAGCCAUGUUGAGUCCAUUUAGUUUGGAGUUGUAGACGCUCACUAAACCGACUGAUCAGUGAAGAUUAAAUAAACCGGUUUGUUUGAUGUUUCUCAUUUCUGCUUGUUCAUGCAGAGGGGGUGGAAGAGGCAUGAGCAGGAAAGGGCCACUUAGCGAAUCAACCGUUUCCUCUUGAGUAAUUGAAGCCAGAGCCACUGCUGCGAUCAAGCAGUCUAAAGUUGUGAUGGAAUUUGGAUUUCGACGAUUCCAAAUGUGCAUGUGGAUUUGUUGAGAGAUCUUGAUGGCAGCUGAGAGAAACCCUUUGUCAUGUUACCUGGAUGAAAGGACCUUCCGGCUUUGCUGUCAGCUCUUUCUCCAACACUCUGAGACCAUCAAGGAUGGCUGGAGCUGGGAGCAGAUCAAGGGCACUGAUGAAGGCUUCAUGAAGAAGACUCUUCUCAUCCCUGUUAAAUCCAGUGUUUUGCAUGAACAACCUGAGAGUUCCAUGCAGGAUGAAGACAUGGUGACAGAUAACAUCCAGGCAAACGUUGAGGAUGAAACGGUUGGAGUUCAGGCAGUAUGUGAAAUUCACGCUGUGCUGCGCUAUGAAUACCACGUUCUGUAUUCUUUCAGCUAUCAGAUCCCUGUCCUCUAUUUCAGAGCCUCCGCGUUAGAUGGGCAACCCCUGUCUCUUGAGGAGGUUUGGAGCAAUGUUCAUCUGAACUAUAGACAGAGACUACAGCAGGGACCCUGGGACACGCUGACCCAACAGGAACAUCCUUUACUGGGCCAACCGUUUUUCAUGCUUCAUCCAUGUCGCACCGAGGAGUUUAUGAAACCUGCUCUGGAUUUGGCACAAGCUGAAAACAAGAGGGUGAACUAUAUCGUAACUUGGCUCAGUGUUGUUGGACCCGUCAUCAGGCUGGACGUCCCUUUGAGCUACAGCACCGAGUCUGACAUUUUUCUUUAUUAUGCAGCCAAGUAGUAUGCUGUGCCAGGACAUGGUUUAAAAGUUGAAUGGAAUCAAAUCCCCCUGAAAUCCUGAGCAUCUGAAACGGAGGAGAUGAGUUUAGAGUCCGGAGUUUGAGAGAAGACGGUGAAAGUCCUCAGUCAGCAUGUCUAAAUGGGGCGCGCGUCUCUGGGGACUGUAUCAGUGUUGGUAAGGAGGUCAGCCUCCUACCCGGAGCAUCUCGCUCUAAUGGACAGACAGGAAUGAUGGAGGGGAGAGAGAGAAACAUAUAGAUGGAGCACGGAAGGGAAAUGUUACCUGCUUCAUAAACAGAGCAAUUCUUAAAGGUUUAGGCCCCCCAGAAAUUAAUUAAGGGCUGUCAAGCUCAAUUAUAGUCUUCAAAAUCUUUUCAAAUCUGUGUAUUUGAAAUUGAAAUGUCCAGUUGGUGUUUGGUUUCAUUUGUGUCUUGAAUUCAUUUCUCACGCAGAGCUACAAGUCACAAAUGGACUGAUUUUAUCCCAUCUAACAAAAAUAUGUUCUUAGAACGUUUUGUUAAUGUUAGUUAUUAAAUUACAAAAACGUUCU